AGUGUGGCAGGCUGGGAGGGCUGGGCCUGGCAGCCGUGGCGCUUCUAGGGAGUCACCCGCAGUAGGGGCUCGUGGUGGCCGACUGCAGGCAGCUGAGGACCAUGGCGGCGGCGGUGGCGGCGGCGGCAGCAGUGCGGACCCGGAUCCUGCAGGUCUCUUCCAAGGUGAAUUCCAAUUGGUAUCCAGCAUCCUCCUUUUCUUCUUCAGUGCCAACUGUAAAGCUCUUCAUUGAUGGGAAAUUUGUUGAAUCCAAAAGUGACAAAUGGAUUGACAUCCACAACCCAGCCACCAAUGAAGUCAUUGGUCACGUUCCUCUGGCCACCAAGGCCGAAAUGGACACGGCUGUUGCUUCCUGCAAACGUGCUUUUCCCACAUGGGCGGACACUUCAGUAUUAAGCCGCCAGCAGAUCCUGCUCCGCUAUCAACAACUCAUUAAAGAAAACUUGAAAGAAAUCGCCAAGUUAAUCACGUUGGAACAAGGGAAGACCCUCGCUGAUGCGGAAGGAGAUGUAUUCCGAGGCCUUCAGGUGGUUGAGCAUGCCUGCAGUGUAACAUCCCUCCUGCUAGGAGAGACUAUGCCAUCUAUCACCAAAGACAUGGACCUUUAUUCCUACCGUCUGCCUCUGGGGGUGUGCGCGGGCAUUGCUCCAUUCAAUUUUCCUGCCAUGAUCCCCCUGUGGAUGUUUCCAAUGGCCAUAGUGUGUGGAAAUACCUUCCUACUGAAACCAUCAGAGCGAGUUCCUGGAGCAAGCAUGCUUCUUGCUAAGUUGUUCCAGGACUCUGGUGCCCCAGAUGGAACACUAAAUAUCAUCCAUGGACAACAUGAAGCUGUAAACUUUAUUUGUGAUCAUCCGGAUAUCAAAGCAAUCAGCUUUGUGGGAUCCAACCAGGCAGGAGAGUACAUCUUCGAGAGAGGGUCAAGACAUGGCAAGAGAGUUCAAGCCAAUAUGGGAGCCAAGAACCAUGGAGUAGUCAUGCCAGAUGCCAAUAAGGAAAAUACCCUGAACCAGCUGGUUGGGGCAGCCUUUGGAGCUGCUGGUCAGCGAUGCAUGGCUCUUUCCACAGCAAUCCUUGUAGGAGAAGCUAAGAAGUGGCUGCCAGAGCUGGUGGAGCGUGCCAAAAACCUGAGAGUCAAUGCAGGAGACCAGCCUGGAGCUGAUCUUGGCCCUCUGAUCACCCCCCAGGCCAAAGAGCGAGUCUGUAAUCUGAUUGAUAGUGGAACAAAGGAGGGAGCUUCUAUCCUCCUUGAUGGUCGAAAAAUUAAAGUGAAAGGCUAUGAAAAUGGCAACUUUGUUGGACCAACCAUCAUCUCAAAUGUCAAGCCAACUAUGACCUGCUACAAAGAGGAGAUUUUUGGUCCAGUUCUUGUGGUUCUGGAGACAGACACUUUGGAUGAAGCCAUCAAGAUUGUAAAUGACAAUCCAUAUGGAAAUGGAACCGCCAUCUUCACCACCAAUGGAGCCACUGCUCGGAAAUAUUCCCACCUGGUGGAUGUUGGACAGGUGGGGGUAAAUGUCCCUAUUCCAGUGCCUUUGCCAAUGUUCUCAUUCACCGGUUCUCGAUCUUCCUUCAGAGGAGACACCAAUUUCUAUGGCAAACAGGGCAUCCAAUUCUACACUCAGCUAAAGACCAUCACUUCUCAGUGGAAAGAAGAAGAUGCUACUCUUUCCUCACCUGCCGUAGUCAUGCCUACCAUGGGCCGUUAGAAACAAGUUUGUUCCAGAUUCAGUCCAUCCUGAGUAAUCUCCCUCUGUUCUUGACCAACUUCAUUUGCCAACUUUGCUCAGAUCAGAUCUCUAGGAUUGGAAUGCCUGGUAAUUAAGACCUUUCUCAAGACCAUUGGCCCCUGCAAAGUUGUUCUGAGGAGAUUCCUAGUCUGACUCUGAAAACAGAUUUUCACUUGCUCCUUACUUUGGUUUUUGAGGUAACUGUUGUUAACUCUGAAACACUUAUAUGGAAUGAGAUCUUAGGUUAUUUUCUAAAAGUUCUCCCCUUUUCUGAUCACUUGCGGAAGGGAAGAUAGUGUAUGUAAAGAAGAUCUUCCAAUAACUGGAAGAGGACUUCUUGGAUGGGGAAACAGGACAGAAAUUAAUUCACCCUUUGGUUGAUCCUUAAACACAGCCCUACAUAAAUGGCAGUGGGGGAGACCCCUCUGCCAAGCUUUCCUGAGCCUGUCAUUUAUCCCACACUAUGAAGGACAUAAUCCAUUUCUACUUAUCCUGUGGUUGUGACAACUGCUUUCUUUUCUGCUAAAUGCCACUUUGUCCUAGUGAUUCAUGACCACUAAUUACUAAUUCUAUCAUUGUCACUGUUCCUACUUCUUAAAAUCACUUCUCAAGGAUACCUCAGUAUGUACUGGAUAAAUCAACUUUUUGUUGUGUGUGCCAAGUGUUAAAUUUCACAUUUGGCUUCAACAAUCAUUAAUGCUUCAGUCAUUAAUUCAGAUGCAAAUGGAGUUUUUUAAGAGAACUAUUUCAAAAGGUUUUUAGGGCCAGAAAUCAAGGGGUAUUCCAGCCAUGAAAGUGUGCAAGACUCUUGCCUUAAGUAAGUGUAACCAGGUAUUACUUGUUGAAUUUUUUAUAUUGUUCUUUCUUCUUGCUUGCAUUUCUCGUUAGUGAUAAUUUUUAACGAAAGAACUCUUAAUGUAGAGUAAUUCAUUGGUGCCUAAGAAAUUUCAAGGCUCUUCAUGACAUGAAAUAGUAAAAAAGAAAUGCUUUGACAGAUUCUUCUGCAACCAUUAUAUUCAAGUGUCUUUAUGCCUUUUCUUUUGAUAUAGCUAAACUUUAUGUCAGAACAGAAACUGAUGAGCUAAAAAAACAGAUUCCCAACCGAAUCAAGUCUUUUCGGAUAUAGUUUUUACCCAGUGAACUAGGAGACGGCUGCUGGCUCUGAUAGAAUAGUCUUUGGUCCUCAGCCAGAUGAUAUAGGUCAUUUAUUUUUUCUGCUCCCUCAUGAGUCACUUGGAUAAUGCUAAUCUGCUCCAUGGCAGUGAUUCAGUGAACUAAGAAUAUGAAAACUUUGAAAACAUUUGUGCACUCUGUGGAUUUUAAUACUACCACUGCUGGAUAGAGUGUCAGAAUCUUCAAUCGCUUAAGGUGACUGGAACCUUAAUAAAAUACAUUUAUGACACUAAUGGGUUUAUUGGUUUUUUUGGGGUUUUUUGUUUUUGUUUCUUUUUUUUUUUGGAUUUGCCUUCCUAAAUGUGAGGCAAUAAAAAUUUAUAAUUUGAUAAUAGAAUGCCCUUUAUUUUCUCUCUACUUAUCACAGCUGGCAACUAAUAGUGGUACUUAAUCCAAUCCAACAACAAUAGGCUGGGUUGAAUGAAAGCUCAUAUUGUCUAAAUUCCAACUGGAAUUAAAUAUAAUCCCAGAGAUUCCUAUGUUUUCCUUAUAUUUAAGGGAAAUCACUUUUGUAAAAAUACUGACUCAUCAGAAUUGUGUUGCUCUAAUUGGAAUCAACUCAUUUGUCUAGCUACUUGCUACUCAAAAGAGUUUCUUGUUUCUUAUAUGGAAAAAAAUACGCAGUUAUAUUCAUGCUAAUAGCAUCUUAAAAAUUUAGUGUGGCCUCAUUUGAAAUUUCUCAGAUCCUGUCUUGUACUAAUUGAUUAUGAAUAACAAAUUACAAAUAAAAAGCUCUUAAAAAGAAAA